CGAGGUAAAUAGUCGGUGGUGGCGGCGACGACUUUUGGCCUCCGGAGCCAGGGGCCGCAGAAUUGGGAACCAGGUUUCAGCCUGGUCAGACCUGUCGCCUUCAGUUUCCCCAUCCUUUGGGUAAGGAUGCUGUUACACAACUACUUGGAGUUUUUUAGUUGAAAAAUUCUCUGUGGACAGAAGAAAAUGGACAUCAAUUUGCUAAAACCAAAGCGUGGGACUGCCAGUGAAGGUGUUUUUGUUUUUGUUUUGGUGGGGGGUAGCAUUUUAUUGAAAGCAUAGUAGUGAUUCUUUUUUCUUGAAUUAAUCUUUCAAACUUAGAAUCACAAUGAGUUCAGGCUUAUGGAGCCAAGAAAAAGUUACUUCACCCUAUUUGGAAGAACGGAUUUUUUACUUGCUUCUUCAAGAAUGCAGUGUUUCAGACAAACAAACACAAAAAAUUCUUAAAGUACCAAAGGGGAGUAUAGGACAAUAUAUUCAAGAUCGUUCUUUGGGGCAUACGCGAAUUCCUCUUUCUAAAGGCAAGAAAAAUCAUAUUGGAUUAAAAAUUUUGGAGCAGCCACAUGCAGUCCUUUUUGUGGAUGAGAAGGAUGUAGUAGAAAUAAAUGAAAAAUUCACAGAAUUGCUUUUGGCAAUUACCAAUUGUGAGGAAAGAUACAGUCUAUUUAAAAACAGAAACAGACUAAGUAAAGGCCUCCAAAUAGAUGUGGGAUGCCCUGUGAAAGUACAGCUGAGAUCUGGGGAAGAAAAAUUUCCUGGACUUGUACGCUUCAGAGGACCCUUGUUAACGGAGAGGACAGUGUCGGGAAUAUUCUUUGGAGUAGAAUUGGUGGAAGAAGGUCGUGGUCAAGGUUUCACUGAUGGAGUUUACCAAGGAAAACAGCUUUUCAGAUGUGAUGAAGAUUGUGGUGUCUUUGUGGCUUUGGACAAAUUAGAACUUAUAGAAGAUGAUGACAAUGCACUGGAAAGUGAUUAUGCAGGCCCGGGUGACAUGAUGCAGGUUGAACUUCCUCCUUUGGAAAUAAAUUCCAGAGUUUCUUUGAAGGUUGGAGAAGGUAUAGAAUCUGGAACAGUUAUAUUCUGUGAUGUCUUACCAGGAAAAGAGAAUUUAGGAUACUUUGUUGGAGUUGACAUGGAUAAUCCGAUUGGAAAUUGGGAUGGAAGAUUCAAUGGAAUACAACUUUGUAGUUUUGCAAGUGUCGAAAGUACACUUCUGUUGCAUAUCAAUGACAUCCUCCCAGCUUUAUCAGAUAGUGUGACACAAGAAAGAAGGCCUCCCAAACUUGCAUUUAUGCCAAGAGGUGGUGGGGAUAAAAGUUUAUCCAGUCAUAGUAAACCAAAGGCUACAGGAUCUACCUCAGACCCUGGAAAUAGAAGCAGAUCUGAAUUAUUUUACACCUUAAAUGGUGGUUCUGUUUAUUCUCAACCACAAACCAAAUCAAAAAAUACAUGGUACAUUGAUGAAGUUGCUGAAGACCCUGCAAAAUCUCUGACAGAUAUAUCUCCAGAUUUUGGGCAUUCUUCACCACCUCUGCAACCUCCUUCUUUGAACUCUUCAACCAAUGAGAACAGAUUUCACUCUUUACCAUUUAGCUUGACAAAGAUGCCAAAUACCAAUGGAGGUAUUGGGCAUAGUCCUCUGUCUCUGUCUGUUCAGUCAGUGAUGGGAGAUCUAAACAACUCUCCUGUCCAGGAGAGUCCACCUUUGACUGUACCCUCAAGCAAUUCACAUGGUCUUGAAGUAGGAUCGUUGGCUGAAGUUAAAGAUAAUCCUCCUUUCUUUGGUGUAAUCCGUUGGAUUGGUCAGCCACCAGGACUAAAUGAAGUAUUAGCAGGACUGGAACUGGAAGAUGAAUGUGCAGGCUGUACAGACGGAACUUUUAGGGGUACACGUUAUUUUACCUGUGCCCUGAAGAAGGCGCUGUUCGUUAAACUCAAGAGCUGCCGGCCUGAUUCUAGAUUUGCCUCACUUCAACCAGUUUCCAACCAGAUUGAACGGUGCAACUCUUUAGCAUUUGGAGGUUACUUAAGUGAAGUGGUAGAAGAGAAUACUCCACCAAAAAUGGAAAAAGAAGGUUUAGAGGUAAUGAUUGGAAAGAAGAAAGGAAUCCAGGGCCAUUAUAAUUCUUGUUACUUAGACUCUACCUUAUUCUGCUUAUUUUCUUUUAGUUCUGUUCUGGACACUGUCUUACUUAGGCCAAAAGAAAAGAAUGAUGUAGAAUAUUAUAGCGAAACUCAAGAACUACUGAGAACAGAGAUUGUAAAUCCUCUUAGAAUAUAUGGAUAUGUUUGUGCCACAAAAAUUAUGAAACUGAGGAAAAUUCUUGAGAAAGUUGAGGCUGCAUCAGGUUUUACCUCAGAGGAAAAAGAUCCUGAAGAGUUCUUGAACAUCUUGUUUCAUCAUAUUUUGAGGGUAGAACCAUUAUUAAAGAUAAGAUCUGCAGGACAAAAGGUACAAGAUUGUUACUUCUAUCAAAUUUUUAUGGAAAAAAAUGAAAAAGUUGGUGUUCCUACAAUUCAACAGCUGCUAGAAUGGUCUUUUAUCAAUAGUAACCUAAAAUUUGCAGAGGCACCAUCAUGUCUGAUUAUUCAGAUGCCUCGAUUUGGAAAAGACUUCAAACUCUUCAAAAAAAUUUUUCCUUCAUUGGAGUUAAAUAUAACAGAUUUACUUGAAGAUACUCCUAGACAGUGCCGUAUAUGUGGAGGACUUGCCAUGUAUGAAUGCAGAGAAUGUUAUGAUGAUUCUGACAUUUCUGCUGGAAAAAUCAAGCAAUUUUGUAAAACCUGCAACACACAAGUUCACCUUCAUCCCAAGAGGUUAAAUCAUAAAUACAACCCAGUGUCACUUCCCAAAGACUUACCUGACUGGGAUUGGAGACAUGGCUGCAUACCUUGUCAAAAGAUGGAAUUGUUUGCUGUUCUCUGCAUUGAAACAAGCCAUUAUGUUGCAUUUGUAAAAUAUGGGCGAGAUGACUCUGCUUGGCUUUUCUUUGACAGCAUGGCGGACCGUGAUGGUGGUCAGAAUGGCUUUAACAUUCCUCAAGUUACCCCAUGUCCAGAAGUUGGGGAGUACUUGAAAAUGUCUCUAGAAGAACUGCAUUCCCUGGACUCCAGGAGAAUCCAAGGCUGUGCACGAAGACUUCUUUGUGAUGCAUAUAUGUGCAUGUAUCAGAGUCCAACAAUGAGUUUAUAUAAGUAAAUAAUGAUGAUCAACUGGAAAAGGAGAAGAAACUGUAUGAAAAUUUUUAUUGUUGCAUUUUACUUGAGUUGGCUGUCCUAAUUAGCAUCCAUUGCCGGCAUUGGAUGCCUCUGUGGUUAUGAUCCUUAAGAAAAGGAUUAAUGCAUUGAAAAACAAAUUGCAUUUAUGUUAUUGAAUAUUUAAAUAAGAAGCAUUUUGCACUCUAGAAAGUAUGUUUGUGUUGGUUUUUUAAGAAAUCUAAUGAAGUUAUUAAAACCUGAAGCUUUAAGUUAAGUGCAUUGAUCAUAUAAUAUUUUUGAAGUCAUAGAAAUUGAUUUGUAACAGUUUUAAAAACCUCCUUAGUCCACUGAGAAUGUCAACAAAGACACAUGACCCUGUGCUUGGAGAAUUACAGUGGACCAAGGAUACCAAAUAAUUUUUCCUUUGUUGCUAAUGGUUGCCUUGAGGAAGAAAUAAUUUGGUUUUAUUAAGAGGUUUGAUUUCAACACAGUUAUUAGAGUUGUUUUGCUGAAUUUGUUUUAACUCUUUCCUAUCUAGUUCAAGUUUUUGCAUGUCAGGAAUCCUGAAUUUGUUUCUACGGUUGUUGUCAGAAAAUUCCUAUCCUUCCUCUCCAAUAUUGUUGAUUUCUGUUUGUUCUGCCUUCCCCCUCCUGUUCCCCCCCCCCCCCACCUCGAUAGAUGCGUGGAACUAUUUUCUAAAAAACAAACAAACAAACAAAAAAACCCAAACAAAAGACAAAAUGUUUUUUUGUGAUGUAAUGGUCUUGGGGGAUUGGGUCAGUAAUAUUUGACAAAAAAAGCUAUUCAUAUAUAGUAGUAGAUGUCAGCUGACUGAUCUAUUUUUUCAAACUUCUUUUUUCAUAGGUGGUCAGAAUGGCUUUAACAUUCCUCAAGUUACCCCAUGUCCAGAAGUUGGGGAGUACUUGAAAAUGUCUCUAGAAGAACUGCAUUCCCUGGACUCCAGGAGAAUCCAAGGCUGUGCACGAAGACUUCUACAUAAGUGUAGUCCAAAAAAUUUAAAUUUUUGUGUGGGAAGUCAUAUGGUAAUUUAAAAAAAAAAAAAGAUAUUAAGUCCCAUAACCUUUUAGUAUAUUUAAAUCUAAAUGCCUAGGACUAAAACAUUUAACAUACAGGACCAUAGCUAGGAAUCCAAGUUCAGAUUAAUUUCAUCUGAGAUAAUGCUUCUUAAGAAUCUUUUUGCAUUCUGUGAAAACAUACUGUCAACUGGUUUCAUCCUGACUUCUAUGGAAGCUAUGGAAAAAAGCCUGAUGUUUUCUUAGUUAAUAUCUGUUGCGUGUAUAUACCGCAAUUGGAUGUUGUAGAUUCUCUUUAUAGAUACGAAUUUCAUUGUUGUGGAAUGUGUAAUCUCAAAUUAUUUUAUACUUUUGGUGUCUCUGAGCUAACUUCCUAACCAUGCAGAAAGACAAGAUUGAGUCAUGUGCUUAUAGCAUAUGACUGUACAAGUGUUUAGUAUUAUAAAAAUGCCCAAAUGGCUAAAAUCUUUAUAAAUUAAAAGCUUUUUAAAAAAGUUUAACAUUUUCUUUAGUUGCAUCAUUCCUUUAAAAACAUUUAUUAACUUUAAAAACUACAACAGUGUACAAAAAAUUAUUCUCUUAAAUUGUUGGAAUUCAUGAACUAAGAUUGUUCAAUAAUAUCUUGGGGAAGUGCCACAAAAAGCUCACUGUACUGGGACUUGGGAGAUCUCUGUUCUAGUCCUGGAUUUUCUUUUUUUAACCAUUUAUUUGGUCCUAGAUAAGUCACUAAUUUCUUAUGGCCUCAGUUUCUUAAUCUGCAAUAUUAGGGAGUGGAGUAAGGUGACCUGUAAAGUCCUUUCCAGAUUUCAUAUUCCUUAAUUUAUAUAAUACUUUUUCAACUAAAGUCAUUAAUGUAAUUUAAAAAUAUAUUACUCUCGAGGACAGGUCAAGAUUCAAAUUGUAAAAUCUUUUAUCUGCAUUGUCUUUAGUUUCUAUCUUUUGACAUAAUUUGAUACUUAACACCAGUUGGGCAUUUGAUGAUAAGAAACUAGUAGAUAAUUCUUUCCUUAGAAUUUUUUUUUUUAAAUAUCUAAUUUGAGGAAAACCUGUCUGUGAGGAAAGAUUUUUAGUUUUUAAAGAACUGAUGAUUUAAUGCUUGCAUUUUUUCCUAUUGAAAUUUGGUACAUUUUUUUCUCUACAAAGUCCCUUAGUCAUAACUUAUUUAUUUUUGUUAUAUUGGGAUUUUAAUUUACUGUUUUCCCUUGUCAACAACACUUAAAGUAAAAAUAGUACUAGAAGGAGUGAAAAAGCACAGUACUAUGGUUCUUUUUUGAUGUCAUGAAAUUUUAAAUAGACCAGAAGUACCUAUCUUGUUUACCUCUUUCUUUUUUGCUUUUCAUUUUUCUCUUUCCCUUCUCCCCCCCCCUCCCCCCCAAUGUGUCUGAACUGUCAAAUGUGCAAGAUAGAGAGAGAGAAGACAAUGGUGAUGUAGUCUUAGAUGGUGUUGCAUCCUCUGUACUUCCCUAGUCCCUCUUUUCUUUAAAUGUCAAAUUCAGUUCUUCAACCUUUAAAAAAUGUUUCAAAUGCUUGGAAAUGCUUUCUUCUCCUACUACUUUUUCUAUAAUCAAGAGAAAAGAUAGAGGAAAAUCCUGUUGUAGCAUAAUCAUUGUAUUACACACAGAUGUGGAUUAAAAAAUGUUUUAUUUUAGGUCCACUAAAUGAUAGCUAUUAAACAAUUAACACAACAGGCAUAUAAGAUCUUUUCUCCCAAAUUAUUAGUUAUUUAAUUGGCAGAUUCUCUAGUUCCUUUCUAUUCCAAAUUUUUUUUGACCUGCUUCACCCUUUCC